AUAGGAGUCAUGAAUAUCUUAAAAUCUGUUUUCUUUCUCGAAAUCUUGUGUUAAUAGAUUGCAUGCGUUGUUGUUUUGAAGCACUUCAGAAAUCAGUUUUAAGCGGACUUUAACACGAAUUUAUACAUUUUAAUACAAAUAAGUAUAGAAUGAAAUGGGUUGUUUUAGGUACGUCAUAGGUGUGUUUGAAACGUUCUUAAAAGCAGUCAGAGUAUAUGCAAGCCGUGCACUCUUGCUUUAAGUCUCGUUUAGGACUUUCAUUUUCAGUUUUACAGCUCAUCGUGAUCUUAUAGAAGAAGCUGGAUAAGGUCAAUUUGACAGUACUUAUAGCUGGGCACAAAAGAGACGAUUGUUCCUUAAGGAUAUCUACCACGAUGCCUGGGUCUCUUCCAGUGAAUGCUGAAUCCUGUUGGCCAAAAGAUGUGGGAAUUGUUGCACUGGAAAUAUAUUUUCCUUCUCAAUAUGUUGACCAGACAGAGCUGGAGAAGUAUGAUGGUGUGGAUGCUGGCAAAUACACCAUUGGUUUAGGCCAGUCAAAGAUGGGAUUCUGCUCUGACCGGGAGGAUAUCAAUUCUCUCUGUUUGACUGUGGUUCAGAAGCUCAUGGAGAGGAACAGUCUUUCCUAUGACUGUAUCGGGAGAUUAGAAGUUGGAACGGAGACAAUAAUUGAUAAAUCAAAAUCAGUAAAGACUGUCUUGAUGCAACUCUUUGAAGAAUCUGGUAAUACAGAUGUAGAAGGAAUUGACACUACAAAUGCAUGCUAUGGAGGCACUGCUGCUCUUUUUAAUGCUGUUAACUGGAUUGAGUCCAGUUCUUGGGAUGGACGUUAUGCACUUGUUGUUGCUGGAGACAUAGCUGUGUAUGCCACUGGAAAUGCCAGACCAACAGGUGGAGCUGGUGCUGUUGCUAUGCUAGUUGGUCCAAAUGCACCUUUAAUUUUUGAGAGAGGAUUACGUGGAACCCACAUGCAGCAUGCUUAUGACUUCUAUAAACCAGACAUGGUGUCUGAAUAUCCUGUAGUUGAUGGCAAAUUAUCCAUACAAUGCUACCUCAGUGCAUUAGAUCGCUGCUAUACUGUCUAUCGCAACAAAAUCCAUGCCCAGUGGCAAAAGGAGGGGACAGACAGACGUUUUACUUUGAAUGACUUUGGAUUCAUGAUCUUUCAUUCUCCCUACUGUAAACUGGUACAGAAAUCUGUGGCCAGACUAUUGCUGAAUGACUUUCUCAGUGACCAGAACCCAGAAACAGCAAAUGGUGUUUUCAGUGGUCUGGAAGCUUUCAGGGAUGUUAAACUGGAAGAUACCUAUUUUGACAGAGAUGUGGAAAAAGCUUUUAUGAAAGCUAGUGCUGAGCUCUUCAAUCAGAAAACCAAAGCUUCAUUGCUCGUAUCCAAUCAGAAUGGAAAUAUGUAUACCCCUUCAGUCUAUGGUUGCCUUGCUUCCCUUCUAGCCCAAUACUCUCCAGAGCAGCUUGCAGGACAGAGAAUUAGCGUGUUCUCCUAUGGCUCUGGUUUUGCUGCUACGCUGUAUUCCAUCAGAGUUACACAGGAUGCCACUCCUGGCUCUUCCCUGGACAAAAUAACUGCCAGCCUUUCUGAUCUUAAAACAAGACUUGACUCAAGAAAAUGUAUUGCACCUGAUGUCUUUGCUGAGAACAUGAAGAUUAGACAGGAAACGCAUCAUUUGGCCAACUAUAUUCCACAGUGUUCAGCAGAAGAUCUCUUUGAGGGAACGUGGUAUCUUGUGCGUGUGGAUGAAAAACACAGAAGAACUUAUGCAAGGCGCCCACUGAUGGGUGAUGGACCUCUGGAGGCAGGAGUUGAAGUUGUCCACCCAGGCAUUGUUCAUGAGCACAUCCCAAGCCCUGCUAAGAAAGUGCCAAGAAUGCCUGCAACAACAGAAUCGGAAGGUGUUACUGUUGCCAUUUCCAAUGGGGAGCAUUAAGAUACCUCUGUGAGGUGGGGAAUGAAAAAAGGUGUGAGGGUAGGGUGAGAGAGAGAGAGAAAAAGAAUUAAAAUAGUAUGAAGUUCCACUAUACAGUAAUGAUUAAUUGGAACAUGGAAAAACUGUUUAAACUCCUUGAAAAAUAUUCAUUUUAAUGUAGUGUGAUAUUUAUAGUGUUUUCAGAACACUAAAAUUAUUAAUAUACUGGAGAUGGAGGGACUUGCCAGGGUCUUUGUGGAUUCCUUAAUGUAUCUGAUUUUUUUUUUUUUUUAAUUGAUGAGUCGUAGCUGUGUUCUAUUACAAGAUCUUUUUAUGUAGAAAAAGGCAGGGGCCUUUUCCGUGUAAAAUGACUUGAAACUUAAACUGUUAACAACUUGUGUUCAAAAGUGUAUGGCAAAACAGUCUAAGCUUUUAAUGUUUAAUGUUAGGGUUUUCAGUGCCUUAACAGUAAGCAGUCCAUCUUCUGAAUACUGCAUUUCUCUUCCCCUUUAUCACCUUCCUUUCUCCCAAUACACCUCCCACCUGCCUCAUUGCUUUGGAAAAGGUGUAGAACUGGGUAGCAUUGAUUAAUGGAAUAGGAUCUCUCACCCCUAUCAAAAUGACUGGAUUAAGAACAGCUAGACUAGCUAGACUGACAGACUUUUCUUUUUCUGUAAUUCUGUAACUGACUGUGUUAGUUACUGUGUAAUUCUUCCUCAUAUUGUGUGUUUUAUACCUUCAGUAUAAAUCAUAGCAGUAUGGAAGGAAAGAGGAAUGACAUGAGAGGCAGUUACUUUUUUCUUCUAGAGAACAAAAAGGUGUAUUUCUUAGUUUUAUUGGUUUGGCGCUUUUCAAGAUUAUUUAACUGUAACAGAAUAAUAAGUAUUUAAGACAGGUUAAUUUUUAAAUCAAACUUCUAGGUUUUAAUUGGCAAACUAAGAAGGGAGGAAGAUCAGUUUGUCUGGAACUCUUGCCUCUCAUUAUUCUUUAUAUAUACAUUUCUAAGAGACUAUUUCUAACUCUGAAUUUGGCUUCAUACUAUGAAGUAUUAGUAAUGUUGUAGUAGGUAGGUAGAUAAGUGUAGGAUUCUUCUUUUUCUUUCUUUUUUUUUUUUUUCCCAACAUGCAAAGUAAAAGUUAGCCAUUUUACAAGUGGUACAUGUAUAAUGCUAAUGGGGAAUCCAUUCUGGUAGAUAUUUGAAGCCCAGAUUGGAAAUGAACUAUGAUGUGAGCCUUGUAAGCUUGUAAUAUAUAUUUAAAUUGAGUUAAUGUACAGAACAAAGUCUUGCUGCGUUUUAUUUCUUCGUCUAAUUCUACAAAGCUACGUUACCUAACAUAAAGUAGCAAAAGAAAUGAUUUGUCUGUUAAAUUACUUUUUUUUUUUUGGUGUAAUGAAGUGUUUGUAUGAUCACUAGGAUUUGAUAACUUUUGCUGGAUUUGUACAGUCAAGCUUUGGUAAAAUAAUUGUUUAUGAAUUGCUAGGUACUAAUCUGUUCUGUUGAAAAUGAUGGAACAAUGAUGCAUGAAGAUAGUGUUGCGAGUAUUGGGGUUUAGGUGCUCUUGUGAAACUUACUUAUUUUGGCACCAGAAAAAACAGAUUGUCAUGGAACAAAGUCCAUUGCUGGCAGUGGACAAGACAAGGAUUGAGCUGCUGGCACAAAAAAUUAAACUACAGGGACCUCACUGUUUGUGAGGCUGAUCCUUUAAUAAAAUAAAGUUUGAGAUAUUUGAAACCUGUUGGAGUAGUGCUGACUUGUUGGAAUUUCAGGAUGUAUUUUUCUCUUCAACAGGAAAGAAAGAGGAAAACUGUCCCUGGGAAAACUCAAAGUUAUAGGUUCACAAGUUGUGUGGACCUCCUGGAUUCUAUUACCCCCUUCUUAAUACCAUUCCAUUACAAAAGUGGAAAGGGUUGCUCAGGCUGGUGGAAGACUGUUUCAGGGCUAUGGAUCAAGGUAUCUUAAAUGCUUUGGAUAGAAACUGCUUAUGGAGAGGAAGAAUUAAUUCUUAGCGUAUGAAAUACAAUUCAUCUUACUGCCUUGUGAAGAUGGUAUUUUUUUAUCCCCCUUUCACAACUGUUAUGAAAAUGAUUUGUUUCUUGCUAAAGCAUGAAAGAAAUGCUUACCUGAGCCUGAGUUUGCCCAGUUGCCCACUGGUGGCUUCUCAGAGUCAUUCUGCUGCUCAUUUACAUUAAUUUGUUCCUUUGAAAAUUAACUGAUACCUGUUACUGGGGCUGAUGAGAUGCAGCAAACCUGCCUUUAAAUUUGAAAGCACCAGCUUGAACAUCACUAAACCUUAUGUAAGUAAGUUUACUUGCCUUAAAUAAAACCACCUAGGCUCUACCUCUUAGCUUAGGUAUUUCGUCUGUGCCUGUUCAGAGAAUACCUACUGCAUCUUUCCACCAUUUGCAUUUGAGUCAAUGGUGCUGCAUAUUAAAAUAGAAAAUACCUUAUCAAAGCUGAAGGUAGGAAUGCCUGCGUUUUGGUGAAGUUCAGAACACUUGGUGUAAAUUGUCAGGCUCUCCAAGAUUUAACUUGCCAUGGUGACAAGUAUCAAAAUCAGCUUUGUGCCAGCCCCUGUUGCCAAUUAUGCCAGAAGUUAGUAGAAACACCUUUAAUAUUCAGUUUAUAAGCAUAUGUCUUUACCAGUUGCAUUCAACUUACUGAUACCUAAUGCUAAAAGCAGGAACUUAAAGCCAGAUGAAUUUAGCAUACAGUUAAUAUCCAGUAUUUUUUUCUGUUGGGAGUGCAACUGGUUUCCAAGCAGUUCUCAGACUAUAACCAUCUUAAAAAUAAUUAAAAGAGCCAGAAGGUUGGUAGAUGGUAGCCCAGCUGAUUAUGGAGUAGGGAUUACAACCAUACAUGCAAGGUUAAAGCAGCGUAUCUAAAUUUGACUAGGCAGUCUUUCUGAACUGUGUAAAAAUCAGGAAGCAUCAUUCAGCUAAUUCUGUGUUUGACAGACAGCAUUAUAGUUUCUUUAAAUGAAAGUUUAAAAAAAUGAAACUCUAGUAUACAAUUCAAAUGAAGCUUUUAUGAAAAAAAAUUGUUUAGCAUGUGGUCUUUUUUUUGCUUAAACAUAUUUCUCUGCAAAAACUGUUCUGAAUUGUGGUUGUCAAGUUGUGUCACGCUAAGGUAAAACUUUCAAGAAGUUAACUGUUAUUAUGCCUGUACUGAGGUAUCACCCAAGAGCGCUAAGUGCAAUACUAUUUGAUCUUUAUUAAAAGAUCGGCUCCAGAAAUGAACUCUUACCCGUUCUAUUUACUCGAGUACUUCUUGCGUUGUCUGUGCCAGGUCUCUGGAGCAGGGGAUGAGCGUAAGUCUGUUAGAGCCCUACAUUUGAGCCGCUUCAGUGUGAAUUAAAAAUACAGAGGAGAUAAGGCAUUUUGGGUUUAUUUAAAAAUUACAAAAAUGUAACACCAAAACUUGUGAAAAAUGAAUAAAACCCUUUGUUAAA